AUGGCCUGGCAGCAAUCCUUCUGCGCGAUGACACACCGCGGACUGGCCGCUCGCUUCGGCGACCUGAGCUCCAGGGCUAGGCCAUCGGUCCGAAACGAUCGAAUCGCAGCUCGAGCGCUGGCCAGCACGUGGGUGUUCGUUCUGAUCAGCGGCGGAAACGAGCAUCAAACAGGUGCAGUCACAGAGUACAAGCUACAGAGGACCUGGAAGCUCUCUGAUGUCACGCCAGUUGGGGAUUCCACCCUGCAGGAGAUCAUUGGCACAGUCUACCACCGGUUCAUCGACGGGGCUAGUGGGUAG